AUGGACGUUGAGUACCAACAGCGAUGCAAAGCCUACCGCUUUGUGGCCUACUCGGCUGUGGCCUUCUCGGUGGUAGCCAUCCUUGGUGCUGCUACCACCCUGCCCAUGGUGUACAACUACGUUCACCACGUUCAGCGCACGAUGUACUCGGAACUCAACUACUGCCGUACUUCUGCGCGUGACAUAUGGUCUGAGGUGAGCACCAUGAAGGCUCCCAGCAACCGUACCGCCCGUCAGGCUUACAACGACUGUACCGCUUGCUGCUCUGGUGGAGGUGCAGGUCCAGCUGGACAGCCAGGAAACCCCGGACGACCAGGAAACCCCGGAGCUCCUGGAGCACCAGGAAACCCAGGAAGGCAGAUUACUCAACCAUGCCCCGUGUACACACCUGCUCCAUGCAACCCUUGCCCAGCUGGACCACCUGGACCACCUGGAGCCCCUGGACAGCCCGGAGAUCCUGGACGCGACGGAAACCCAGGAGGACCCGGAAACCCAGGAGGACCAGGAACACCACGGACCAAAGGACACCAGACCAGCUGGAAAACAGGAAGCCCGGAUCUCCAGACAGCCUGGAAACCCGCGCAAUCCGUCCCACCCACCCCGGAGCACCUGCGACUCGUGCUGGACUCCCGGACCUCGUGGUCCACCUGGACCCAACGGACAGCCCGGAAAUCCAGGAGCACCAGGAAAUCCUGGACCAAAGGGACCACCUGGAGGUCCUGGUCAGCCUGGAAACGACGGAACGUAACCUUCCCGGAAACAGAGGUACCCCAGGAACACCCGGAGAACGCGGAAUCUGUCCCAAAUAUUGCGCUCUCGAUGGAGGUGUCUUCUUCGAAGACGGAACUCGCCGUUAAUUCAUCAUACUUACUUUUGGGUAAUAAAGUAUUUGAACUGCAAUAA